GUAUCUAAGUCAUCUCUCUGUCUCUCUCUUUUAACUAUUUUGUAAGCCAAGAAGUUAGAUCCAUCCACUCCAUCUUACUUGCAAAGUACUAAAACUUAAUUUAUGCUGCCCUAAAUAUUUCAAUAUCCAGAAAAGAACCUAAUCUCUCGAACCCUAGUUUAGAUAUUUUAUUAGAAAAAAUAUGGAUUUGAUUUCUAAAAAUCACAAUAACAAGUACCCUAAUACCACUCCCUCGACACAACCUCCUACCACUAGCCGCUACGAGAACCAGAAACGCCGUGAUUGGAACACUUUCUGCCAAUACCUCAGAAACCAUUGUCCACCGCUCUCUCUAACGUCAUGCAGCGGCGCACACGUCAUAGAGUUUCUGCGUUACCUUGACCAGUUUGGGAAAACUAAAGUCCACAACCAAAACUGCGCCUUCUUUGGCCUCCCAGAUCCUCCGGAGCCUUGUCCUUGUCCUCUCCGACAAGCUUGGGGCUCACUUGACGCUCUUAUCGGUCGUCUCCGUGCCGCCUACGAGGAGAACGGUGGAGCUCCCGAGAUCAGCCAUUUUGGCUCAAGUUCAGUCAGGAUUUUCCUAAGAGAGGUUAGAGAUUUUCAGGCUAAAGCACGUGGCGUUAGCUACGAGAAGAAGAGGAAAAGGGUCAAUAACAAGCAAAUAACCCAAUCGUGUUUGCAGCCGCCUCAACAUACAGCCGCACUGGCGCAAGGUCAGCCUAUGAUGGCUAAGUAUCACCACAGUGAAACUUAAUGAUGUCAUAUAACUUCGACAAAUAAGUACGCUCGUAUCAUGUGUAGCUAUUUAUACGCACCAGCCUUUGUAUUUGUAUAAUGUAAUAUCCCUACUUUACUCCAUCUACCGUUAUCUAUUGUUAUUAGACUAUCGUUUUGUCCUUUUAUAACCAAAAAAUGGAAUAAGCUUGGAUUAUUG